CUACAGCGCAUAAGCCGACCGCUUUAAACCCGCGACGGUGUCCUCUCGCUUCCCAUUGGCCCACGCGGCUGCGCGUGACGAGCCUGCGCCGCCGUCUGAUUGGGUGCGCCCCAUUUCCGCCGCUGAUGUGAACUGGGAAAUGUAAACCUCCCCCCCCCUCCCCCUCCCCUACCCAUCGAUUAAUUAAAAGCUUUUAAAGUUGAACAUUUUCGCUCUUUGAUGCCUGCUAAGAAGCGCAAGGAGCGUUCCUGGGAGAAUGUACCCUUCCCAUCGGGCAGCUCGCGCGCGGAGGAGCGCAGACUCACGGCGGAGGAGGUGGAUGAGGAUGAGGUGGUGGUGCGGAGAGGAGGCAGACCGCCAAACGUCGCGCGGCUUCACGCGUCGUGGGCGCGCUGCGGCGACGCGUUCACGUCAGCCCACAUCGCCCAUCCGGCGAACUGGAAAUCGUGGAAGCCGGUGGCAAGGUGUCUCACAGAGCUUCAGCGCUGCUUGCCAGAUGGUCGUGCCGCGUGGCACGAAGGCGACGCGGAUGCCAUCAUCUCCAGUCCCGGCACCAGCGGCGGUUCGUGUGACGAGUCGCCGGACGCCGACGUCGCGAUCCGGCGCCGCUCACGUAGGCGAGGGCGCGGCGGGGCCGGCUCGCUGGUGGCCGAGCAGCGGCUGGGGCUGGCUCAGGCCGUAGCCUACAGCCGCAGCGUGCUCACGCCUGCGACGGACGACAACGAAGACAUCGAGUCGGUGGAGUCGGACGACGCUCUCCCCUUGGACUCUCCCCUGGUGGAAUUUGACAUCGGCGAUUCCGAACGCAGCGUCGACAGCAGUCCCACACUCCGCCCGUCACCGUGCGGAGCUGCCAUCACGAUCGCUCAGUUCGCCUCGGACGACGACGAUGAUGAUACUGACGAUGACGACGAUGAAGAGGAGGCUCGCGGUGGCCGCGGCUCCACCGUUUCGGCACCCCUCUCCGCCGACGCCCCGGCGGGUCCUCGCCGGAGGCGUGUGAGCGAGUGGCUGGAGAUGAUGCGGACGCCGCCGGACGACGAGUGGGCGGCGGGGGGAGAGCGCGGUGCUUGCGCCGAGCUGCAGGACUCCGCAGGCAAGAAGCGAUUCCUCCGGGGAGGCCUGGCAGAGAGAGCCUGGAGGCUUCAGUGCCGGGAGAAAUCUUCCAUCGUGUUUUGGCGCCACCAUCACCGCGCCUGCGGGUCUGCCGCGCCGUCAGCGGUCUCCGUGGACGAGGAGGAGGGGGGAGCGCCUUUGAAACUGCGUAUCCUCACGCAGCACACGGAAUGCUCAUUGCUCGUGACCGCCUGCAGACCAGUGUCGCCGCGGCAAGCUCUCUUCUCCAUGGGCGCCACAGACUCAAAGCAAGAAAAAUCAGACGCAGGUGCGCGACCGCAAGGGACGUCAACUGUCGGGGAAUUGGCGGCGACGGUUUCGGAAUCGCAAAGCAAGUUCGGCUUGACGCUCGUUCCGGACCCGGGUUCAACCAGGUCGCCCCGGAACUGUCGGAGCGAUGGACCGCACGCGGAUUCGAAGGAAGUGGAAAGUGGAGGAGGAGGGAGACGCCGAGAUGCGGGAGAGCAGCGACGUGGGCACGAUGACGGUUUUCGAGAGCCCACCUCGUCGGGGCCACUCGGGGACAACACCGUCUUUGCCCUCUUCGCGAAAGACGCCGUCAAGCACCUGAAGCUGCGCAACGGAGACACGGUUCACGUGUCUGCGCCCUGGCUGAAGCUGUGGUUGUCUUCGGAGUCUGGCGACCGGCUCCCGGUCGUGCUGUGCACGCGAUUCGCGGAGAACCUUGGCGGCGGUGUCGGCGGUGUAGGCGGUGGCGGCGGUGUAGGCGGUGUCGGCGGUGUCGGCGGUGUCGGCGGUGUCGGCGGUGGCGGCGGUGGCGGCAGUGCGAGCUGCCACUCUGUCACCGAAGCUCCGCGCCUCCUUCCGCGGUUCAGCCACUCCCUGGGACACAACCUUGCCUGCCGGAGGCUCAGCCACCAGGCGGAUCUGGCGCCGGCCCUGGUCACGGGUCUCUUCCUGGGUCAUCACGGAGCAACAGACUCGCUGCUGGAGGCCCUCGAGUGGCAGCAGGGCGGAGCGGUGGGGCCCGCCGGGAACACCACCACCAUGCUGUGCGUACGUGCGGUGGUGCAGCGCGUGUACCACACACGAACCACAACCACGCCGGCACUGUCCAGGAAACCACCACGCUCGACGCCGGUGAACCGGACACCAACCCAGCACGGGGCCGCCACCAGCCAGCAUGGGUGUGUGCUGCUCUUACAAGACUCGUGCGGGGUGUUCGCGGAGCUGAGAGCCGAUCUCGCUUCGUUGCCCCCUGGCCCCUCCGUGGAGCCGAAGGCCGAGCCGGCUGGCUCCUCCGUGGAGCCGAGGGCCGAGCCGGCUGGCUCCUCCGUGGAGCCGAGGGCCGAGCCCCCUGGCUCCUCCGUGGAGCCGAGGGCCGAGCCCGCUUGCUCCUCUGUGGAGUCGAGGGCCGAGCCGGCUGGCUCCUCUAUGGAGCCGAGGGCCGGGCCCCCUGGCUCCUCCCUGGAGCCGAGGGCCGGGCCCCCUGGCUUCUCCCUGGAGCCGAGGGCUGAUCCUGCUCCAUUGCCCCCUGUCCCCUCCGCUAUCUCCCCCGCGGGAGCUCCGGCGGGAGGCGAGACGGAAUCGCCUCCCGUGCUGCCGUCUCACCUGGAGGGGCGCUGCUGCCUCUUUGCUGACGUCGCGGUGCUGCGGAGGACCACGAGGACGAGGUCCCCCGCACUGUUCAGCCUCAUUGACAGCCUCUGGCCACCAAGACAAACCCCGAAAGCCCAGCCCGGGAGCCCGCACAGCCCAGAGGAGAGUGCCGAGAUGAUGCCGGUGCCCAGCUUCUGUUACGUUCUGGCGACCCGCGCCGGCUCCGACGUUCUUCCGCUCUCGGACGACGACGACGGUGGCGCCGGUACCAGCGCUCUGUACCGCGCACCCUCCACGUUGCCGCUCAGCCACACACUGGGCCAGCGGAGGGGCCACCGGGCGUCGUGGCGCUGCACCUUCUAUGCCACGCUCAUCUACGCGAAGAUGGAGGAGGCAAUGCAGGCGAGACCGGGCGAACGUGCCGGUGCUGCGAGCUGCUCUCUCUUCGUGACCGAUGACUCCUUGCAGACGUCCCUCCCCUCCUCCUCGCCGCCAUCGUCGCCGCCGUCCUUGUUGUGCGCCCCUCCCCGCUCGGCCCACGUGCUCGUCACCGCAGCGUGCGUGCUGCCCGCGGCCGUCCGGUCGGCGCUGUGCCGCCCCCGCGUCGCCUCGCUCCUCUUCAAGGACGUCGUGUGUGAGAACGAUCGCCUCGUCGCUACGGAGGGCAGCCUCAUCCUCCUCUCCAGCCACGCCACCACAGAACCCACGGCCAGUGCAGCUCGCCAGGAGACUCCACUGCUGGACUGGCUGUCGCCGACUAGCCCGGAAAACACGUUGUGCUUGGUGCAAGGGGUGAUAAUUGGUGUGGACGAGGAGAACGCCUUCUCCUGGCUGACGUGCGAUCGGUGCGGAAGCAGGCAGCUGGAGAAGACGCGCAACUUCAGCGGGGAGGUGCUGCAGUGCGUGCCUUGCGACGCCAUCGUGCUGAACCCCGCUCAGAGGACGAACCUCUCCGUCGUCCUCUCCUGCGGCUCGCUCGGCCCCAACCGCUGCGCCAAUCUCAAGCUACUGGAGCCGACCAUCUCCAAGCUGCUGCCUGCACGGUUAUCCCUCUUCGAGGAGGGCUACGACCCCGAGACCCUGCUGGGCUCCUCGCUCGGGCCCCUGCCUUGCCUCGUCCACACCGCGCCCGCCUGGCUCGCCGGGCCCUGCGAGCUGUCAGAGGUGGCGCUGUUCGGCGCCGUUUGACAAUCCGCCCUUCCCCUCCGUCUCCACCAAACCGCUGCUGCCUUCCAGUGCCCCCCCCCCCCCCCCGCGCUACCUUCCACUGCCUUCCGCUGCCUUCAUAGAGUUGCAUAGAGAUUCGUAGCAUUACAUAGAGAUCCGUAGAGUUGCAUAGUUGCAUAGAGAUCCAUAGAGUUACGUAAAGAUCCGUAGAGCUAUCAUAUAGAGACCCAUCGAGUUACAUAGAGACUCGCAGGCCACAGCCCAAGACUGUAGGCAGUGGCGUCGACUCCAGGGCAUUAUGGGUGGUGGAGAGAACGUGUAAACUAUCUAGAGCGCAAGUCAAUUAUUUACAUAAAACCCAUGCCUGAAUUCACUACAAACAGGAUAAACAACAACAACAACAACCACCACCACAACAACGAGCCCCCAGGGGCAGCCUGGGCAGCAGCACGGUGCCUGCCGUCCAGAACUUUUAGGUGGCGAGGAUUGGUGGAUCGCGUGCAGAUCUGUGCGACUUCGAAAGACCCCCCCCCCCCCCCCCCCCAUGCCGGGCCGCUGCGAGGUGCCAGGGGGUGGCAGCGCGCAGCGGCAAGUGGGUCUGGGGGUCUGCGAGCCGGAGCGCCGAGCGCUGACCGGGGAAGCGCCGAGCACCGAGUGCCGGUGGGGAUUUUCCUCGCGCGUGAAGCGCCACGCUCGUUCUUCAAAAGAGGAGUCUGUGCCAAACGUUCGGCAAAGCUGUAGCGGGACCCUCCUCCUGAGUGUUGGAGAAUCGUCGCGUUUCGGGGGGGGGGGGAAAAAAAAUACUUGGUGACUGUUUAAAAAUAAAUAUAUAUAUACAGACGUAGGCUCUCACGACCUAUGUUACGAUUUAGUAAUUAGUUUACUGUUGAGUUGGGAUCAUCGUGCAGGUUAUAAUGUCAGAUGGUGUAACGAGAAGACUCCACACAUCCAGCGACAGAGGCAAUCAAAUCGAGUUGUCACGAUGCGAGCAAACGAGAUACCAGAGGGUGAGGGCUGGGUGUUGAUGUUGGAAGAGGAGGAGGAGGAGGGAGGAGGAGGGCUGGGUGGGUGGUGGUGAUGAUGUUGGAUGGAGGAGGCGCGGAGGGCUCUCUGGCACAAGCCUACUACCCAAAGCGCCAUCAACACGUGGUUUAACGUGCAAAAAAAAACAAUUCUUGUACAGGUAAACAAAAUUAUUAAAACCAAGUCUGUGGCUGUGAGUUGUUGAUAUCAACAAAUUGACGUUAUGACCUACGCGACGAUCCGUUUCCAAAAGACACUAAUUAUGAAUCGCACGAGACCUACGUGAUGGAUAUUACCCUUGUUACUUGUUGUUCAACGUGUGCGGGUUGUGUUGGUCGCGUUCACCGUUGUGACACACACAGCGGUGAACGCACGUAAGGUUCCACUAACACUUUAGCGUAAGUUCACGCCCGUUUUGCUGUAGAUUCCACCUUGUGCUGUAAACACAAUCGAGUGAUUUUUUUUUUAAAGACACCGCCUUGUCGCUCGCGCCUGCGAUGUUAAAGUCGCGUUUGUUAGAAAAAUAAAAAAUCGCUUCCCG